AUUCGCUACGCUUUCACUCCUCAACUUUUCAAGACACUUCGUCAAGACAUGGUUUUUGUUCGCUCACGAAAAUUUUGCUGUUGUUUACCGGUUCGGUUCGGUGUUUUUGUCAUGACUUUAACGGGCGCACUCUGUGGUGGGGCCGUCGCCAUUGCUCUUUGGAUUCGGAUCGCAAAGAACGGCACCUUUCAAACCGCCCCAACUCGGGACGAAAUCAUAGCUGCUGUUAAUGCAGCUGCCUGGACCUUGCUAGCUAUCGUUUCGUUGUUUGGCCUCAUCGGGGCCAUCGCGAAGCGGGCCAGACUUGUCAGCCUAUACGCUACUCUUCUUUACAUUAAUCUAGCCCUGAGCAUUGCCACCGGUGUCUUCUAUUUAUUUAUUCUCUUCAAGUCGGACACCAAGAGGCGUGUAGUGGAGAAAUGCGUUGAUGGAGACAGGUCGUCCGUUAAGAGAGACGGAUGCAACACUGCCUAUGACGUAUAUCGGAUCGUAUUGAUCCCAAUCUAUUGCUUUGUCUGGUUCUUCCUCCUAUAUGGCUGUUUGAUCGUCUCGAAUUACAUUGGCCAACUUCGCGAGGAACGAGCAUUAAAAAUGCCUUACUUGAAUGCCUCUGCGAAAACGUCAUCGACGUACCCUGGAUUUAGUUCUCUGCAAUCCUUCCCGAUGGCUACCACUUCGAGCGGGUACAAGCCCCUGCAUAACUGCCACGAAGCCCAGCCAUACCACGAAGCCCAGCCCCUCGCAGCUCAUGACCACAAUGAGUAUCCGUACAAUGCACCGGACUAUUCGUUUGUGAAUAAGUGA